GACGGGGCUAGGGCCAGCACCUGCCAGACCCACUGGGUCCCCCACGAGCGCAUAGAACUGGACUCAGCCAAGCAGGUGUCUGCUUCCCCUGCGUCCGUCUCCAUCUCUGUCUUUCUCUGUUUUUCCCUGUAUCUCUGUUUUUCACUGUCUCUGUCUCUGUUUCUAUCUCUCCCCUGUCUCUGUCUAUGCCUCUCUUUGCCUCUGUCUCUUUUUGACUCUAUCUCUGUCUCUCUUUGUCUCUAUCUCUGUCUCUCUGUCUCUCUGUCUCUCUGUCUUUCCUUUGGCAGUGCUGGGCCCAAAAUUCAGGGCCUCAACCUCACCCCUGAGCCACACCCAAAUCCUUUUAAAAUCUUGAGACUGGCUCUCACUAGGUUGCCCAGGCUCCCUUGGAAUUUGCCACCCUCCUGCCUCAGCCUCCUCAGUAGCUUGGAUUAUAGGCAUGUGCCACCUUGGCUAGGCUGGUGGAGGGCUCGCCUUCCCCUCCCCUCCAUCCUUCCUUUGUGGUGCUGGGGUCGGCGCCCAGGACCCCUCCAACCCGAGCCAGCGCAUCCCCUGUUCUGUCUGACAGCCACGCUCAGGGUAGGUGAUGUGGCUUUCAGAGGUCGAGGCUGGCAGCCUCCUGCGUGUCCCUUCUGGCCCGAGCCUUGGUGGGCACUGACAGCUGGCAGAUCGGCCAGAGCAGCCCCGGUUGGGGUUCCAUUUCUACCACUCACUUGCCUGAGCCCUGCAGAUAUGGACGCGGAGAGGGAGGCCCUACUGGGCACCGCCUGCCCAGAGCUGCUGACCAUCUGCCAGAAGCAUGGCCUUCCCUUCGAGGCAGUAGAUCUGCGUUGGGGCCUGCGGAACUCAGAGGCUGCUGAACAGCUGACCGUCGACCUCUGCCUAGAGGAGCUGGAGCGCUGUCAGAGGACGUCCUUGGGCCCAGCCUUUGUUGCACUCGUUGGUGACCAGUACGGCCCGUGCCCUGUGCCCCGGCGCAUCGAGGAGAAGGAGUGGGAGGUACUGCGGGCCCAGCUGAGCACCAGGCCCCGAGACCUGGAGCUGCUGAUCCGUUGCUUCCGGCGCGACGAGAACUCGGUCCCCCCCAGCUACGUGCUGCAGGCAGUGGGCAAUGAGGAGGCCACGGGGCCCGAUGAGCCCACCCUGACCUCAGCUCUGCGCACCGCAGCGCAGGAGGCCCAGAGGCUGGGCCUCAUCAGCCAGGAGCAGUGGCAGCGCUACCACCACUCAGGGCUGCAGUGGGAGCUAGAGCUUGGCCUGCUUAGCGGUGCCCCGGGGGCUAUGGCAUUUCUGCGAGAGAUCCCUGAGCUCGACAGGCACCUACUGCAGGACUGUGCCCUGGCUGUGGUGGACCGGCUGCCCGAUGGCUGCGUGGAUGUGGCCGCCCAGGACGUGCUGAGUGGCCUCAAGCAGCGCAUGACCCAGGAGAGGCCUGGGGCUCUCAGGGUGCUCCGCCUGCCAUGGGCUCGCGACCUGGUGAACCCCAAGAACAAGGCCCAUGCAUGCUACCUGCAUGAGCUGGGGGAGCAGUUUGUGAAGGGCGCCUCGCUCCAGCUCCUGCAGCGCCUGCGGGAGCUGCCACCCAACCCACCUGGCCCUGCUAGGCUCUUCGAGGACAUCCGCCACCACCUGUGGCAGGGUGCCCAGGCCACUAGGACCUUCAUCGGCCGCCAGGAGCUCUUGGUGCGGCUGGGCCAGCGGUUGCGGCAGGAUGAUGGCCACUCCCAUGGGCCCCUGGUGCUUGGCGGCACCCCAGGUGUUGGGAAGACCACAGUGCUCUGUAAGCUGGCGGAGCAGGCGGCUGGGCUGCUGGGCCGCAAGACAGUGACGGUGCUGCGGCUGUUGGGGACCUCGCAGGGCAGCUCAGAUACCCGUGGGCUCCUGGCUGGCCUGUGCCUACAGCUGUGCCUGGCCUUUGGGCUGCCCACUCCACCUAGCCAGGUGCUGCAGGCCCAUGCCAGGCUGGCUCACUUCUUCCAUGUCCUGCUCCACACCGUGAGCCGCAGGAACUUCGAGUCGUUGGUCAUCCUGCUGGAUGCUGUAGAUGACCUGGACCCUGGACACCCCGCCCGAGCCAUCCCCUGGCUGCCUGUCGUCUGCCCUCCACGGGUGCACCUCAUCCUGUCUGCCUGCUCAGGGUGGCACGGCGCUCUAGACGCUCAGCGAGCCGCUCUUGGGGACCAGGAUGCCUGCUGGGAGGUGGGGCCACUCCCAGUGGACCAGGGCCAAAAGAUGGUGCAACGGCUGCUGGCUGAGGCUGGACGCACGCUGAGCCCAGCCCAGCACGACAUGCUGUGGGCUAGCUUGCCGGAGUGCGGACACCCAGGGCGCCUGUGGCUGGCUUUCCACGAGGCCCACAGCUGGGCCUCCUUCUCCGUGCCUUGGCCCUUGGCUGCCACCGCUGAGGAGGCCACACACCAGCUCUGUGCCCGCCUGGAGCUGACACAUGGCCAGUUGCUGGUGGCCCAUGUGCUGGGCUACCUCGCGGCUUCCCGGCAUGGGCUAUCGGAGGCCGAGCUGAAGGAUGUGCUGUCCCUGGAUGACGAGGCACUGCUGGCUGCCUAUCGAGACUGGACGCCACCCAGCCAGGAGAUGCUGCGCUUCCCGCCGCUGCUGUGGGUGCGGCUGCGCCAGGACCUGGGCCACUACUUGGUGCAGCGGCCCAUGCAUGGCACCACGCUGCUGGCCAUCGCCCACAGGCAGCUGGCUGAGGUGGUCCAAGCGCGCUACUUGUCCCCUGCUAAGGCGGCCGCACGGCACCACGUCCUGGCCGACUUCUUCUCCGGCGCCUGGAGCCAGGGCACCAAGAAGCACAUCACUCUGCUGUGCGUGGGAAGACCGCAGAGCCUGGACCGCAAGGUGGCACCACAGCCCCUGUGGUUCUCAGACUCCGUGGCCAAUGAGCGGAAGCUGGCAGAGCUCCCCUACCACCUGCUGGGGGCCGGCCGUAAGGAGGAGCUGCUUCGGGACGUUCUGGGUGACAUGAGCUGGCUGUCCUGCCGGGUGCUGUCCGGUGGUCUCGAUGCCCUGCUGGAUGAUGUGGACCUGUGCAUGCCCCAUGUGGAUGGCCCGGAACUGGGCCUGGUGCGGGAGACACUCGAGCUCUGUCGCCCAGCCCUGGAGCUUCGGGGUGCAGAGAAAAGCGUGCUGUACACCGAGCUCCUGGCAAGGCUGCAGGCCUCAGCACCCUUGUACCCAGUGCUGGUGGGGCCGCUGUGCCAGCAGGCCCAAGCCUGGCUCCAUGCAUGCCCAUUCCCACUGUUGGUGCCACUGGCUGGAUGCCUGACCCCCCCUGGGGGCCCCCUGUAUGCCACGCUCACUGGCUGUCACAGAGGUGUCACCGCCCUGGCAUGGAGCCCAGAGGAGCAGAGGCUGGUGGUGGGCGCCCAGGACGGCAUGGUGACCGUGUGGGAUGUGCAGAAGCAACGCGUGAGCUAUGUGCUCAUGGGACACACAGGCGAGGUGAUGUGCGUGGCCGUGCUUGCCCGGGGGACACUGGCCAUCUCUGCCUCCAGGGACCGCUCGCUGUGCCUGUGGCACUUGCUGUCUGGCCGGGAGAGGUGGACCCAGCGGGACAUGGGGCUCCCAGACUCCCAGCCCUUCAGCCUCUGCGUGGAUGAGGCCCACGGCGUGGUGUAUGUGGCCUGGGGUUCGAAGGUCAGCGCUUGGAGUCUGCAAACCUCAGAGCUGGUUUUCCGCAUCCUGGGUGACACUGCCAACCCCUGCGUGUGCACAGCUGUGCUGGUGUCCAGGGCCAGGCUGCUGACCCUGUCCAAGAGUGGUGCUGUCAGCAUGUGGAGCUCGGCCACUGGACAGCUUCAGGGGACAUGGUCGCUGUCCACCACCCCAGAGGAGACCCUGACCUGUGUGGUCCCCAUCCAGCAACAAGGGAGGGUGAUCGCGGGGUUCAGAAGUGGCUCUCUCACCAUGGUCUCCCCGGAUGGAGUGCACAGAGACCGCCUGCUGGAUCGGCUCCCAGAGGCACCGCGGUUCCUGGUGCUAGCCGAAGAUGAGUCCCUGCUCGCUGCAGGCUUUGGGACACGUGUGCGGGUGUUCCUGGCUGACUCUGAGGGCUUCCACCGCUUCCCAGCCGCUGACCUGGAGCAUGAGGACGUGGUGGAGACGGCGGUGUUUGGACUCCAGAACAACCUGUUGGUCACCGGGUCCCGGGAUGGGCUCGUGCAGGUAUGGAGUCUGUCAGAGCAAGGGGUCCUGCUGGAUGUCCUGGAGAGUACAGGCGGCCCAGUGAAUCUGCUGGUCCACGCUGGGACCCUGGUGGCCUCUGCAUCCCGCCAGUCCUCGUCCCUCAGGGUCUGGGACCUCAGCAACCUGCAGCAGCCACGGCAUCCUGUGGCCUUCCUGGACCGCACUGGCCUGGCCGCCGUGUCACACCAUGGCAGAUAUGUCUACUUCCCAAAAGUUGGGGACAAAAGCAAGAUCACUGUGUGGGAUGUGGCAGAAGGUGAGGUGCAGGAUGUCCUGGACGUGUCCAGUGAGGUCCGGUGCCUGGAGGUUGCCGAGGGGCCCAAGCUCCUGCUCGCGGGGCUGGCAUCAGGAGCCAUGCUGGGCUUCCCGCUAGACGCGCGGCAGGAUGUGUUGUGUGUGCCCCCACCUGAGGCCCACAAGCCAGUGGUGGGCAUGGCCCUGAGCAAGCGUGAGGACCGGCUGGCCAUCGCCUACGACAACAUCGUGCUGGUGCUGGACGUGGUGCCUGGGGACCCAUGCCCGGCCAUCGAGGGCCCCGUGUGCAUCUUUUACACGCAGCUGCCUGAGACCGUGACCAGUGUGGCUGUGCUAGAUGACUGCCGUGUGCUCUACGGCAUGACCAGCGGCAACCUCUUCCUGUACGCAUGUACCAACUCCCAGGUCUUCCCCCUCGAGGCCCAUGGCAGCCCCAUCACCUGCGUGGAUGUCAGCCAUAGUGAGCUGCUGGCAGUCAGCGGAUCACAGGAGGGUCGGCUGUGUCUCUGGGACCUGAGGGCAUGCGAAUGCAGGCUGGAGCUGGACCAUGUGAGCUCCUACUGCCCCGGGGUGCGCUGUGCCUGCUUCUCCAAGGACGACAAGUAUGUGUUCUCGGGCUUGGAGGACCGCUCUGUCAUUGUGUGGAGCGUACUGGAUGGCACGCUGCUGGCCAGCCAAUUUGUUCAUGCAGUAGUGACCAGAAUCAUCCCCACUUCCAAUGGCUUCAUUGCCCCCACAAGCCAUGGUUACAUCCUCCGGCAGCGGUUCCAAUGCCCAGCCUCCUGGGCCUCACAGCAGUACCCGCUAAGGAACUUCCAGAAGGCAGUGUGGAGGGUCAAAUGCAGGCAGAGACAAGAGCUGGCGGCGGGUGCCCUGCAGGACUCGUCGGAAGGGGCCCAGGGAAGGAAGCCCAAGCCCAACAAGCGUUCCCAGGUCUGCCUGAUUGUGUGAGUCCACAGGUCAGUCCUGUUCAGACUGCCUGCAGCACAGAAAAUGACUUUCUUGGAGGACAUCUGGCCCCAUGACCUCCGAGCAUUUUCUGUUUCUCCCUUCCUUUCUUUCCCAUAAGGGCCAUUCUCAGACCUGCAGCUCCUGGUUGGCAAUAUGCAGGCCAAGGCCCUGCCAGCUCCAGGUAAGGGGAUAAAGUGCUUCCGGUUCCUAAGAGUUGCCGCUAGCGGCUCGUCCCGCCUCCAAUUGGCUCCGAUUGGCUGAAUUUGCGUCCUUGAACCAGUCACCUUGCUCUGUGAGAAUGCAGCACUCUGAUUGGCUACCCUGAUCCAAUUUCCGCCCCUGGGCUGGCGAUAAAAAUAAAAAAUCACAGCAGGCUAGGAAGGGGAAAGGUUGCUGUUCCGGUGCUGAUAGGGAGUGGAGUGGGUGCGGGAGUGGGAGACAGGCUAGACCAGCCGUGAACCGCGGAGCUCUUGGGUCAGCGAAGGCGCAGAGGCAGGUAGAGGCGGGUCCCAGUCACCGGCUCCUGCUCGGAGGUCAGACACUGGGUCCACUUUGCAGACCCAGGCGCUGGCCGUGCAGAGGUGACUCGGGUACUCCAGGUCCCAAGGCCGAGGCGUGAGAACGUUGAGGAGUGACAGCCAGGAGCCGUCCCUUCCGAUCCUUAGGGCCUGGUUUGUCCUGGUUAGCCUUUGCAGGGAGGCGGAUUACUGCGCAGGGGGUGGGGUGGAGGAUCGCAGCUGUAGCGCCCUACUGUCAGCGCUUGGUUCCUGGUGUACGUCGCCGGAAAGCCAGACUUUCCACCACGGGUUCCCGUUUGUAAAAAUUGGCAAUGGACUCAGGUGCGCGACUGACCCUGCCUAUCACCAGUGCGUGAGCUGGUCGCAGGACUCGCGCUGGCAUUAAGAUGAUAAGCAUGCUACAGUUCUCGCGUCCCCAGUCUCUGCAGCCCUAGUUUGCAGGAUAAAAUGCUGUUACAGCUUGCAAACUGCAGGCUCUCGGGAGCAGCAGAGAAUGCGCGUGUGUCUCUGCUCUGCUGCUGGCCCGUUUACCCAUGUAAGUGGGACAGCCUUGCGGUUCCCGCCCAGUUACACAGAGCUUCCUCUUCCUCUUUGCCAGCAGCCUUGAGAGGCUCCCCUUGCCUUGAGGCUUUUGCUGUAAUGCUAGGAGGCUUCAAACCAUCCAGUCAAAUCCCUCCUUGCCUCCACUGUAGCCUUUGGAGAUUCCAAAAUGCAACCCUGCAAAAAGGCUUUUUCACGGAACCAAGUGGAACCCAGGGCUCUUACAGGCUAGGGAAGGGCUCUAGGGUCCAAGACGCACCCCAGCCCAGAAAAUAAAGCUUUUGAGCUCGAUGAGACUACUAGCUCAUCCAUUCAUUCCCAAACCAGGCCUCCAAGGCAGGCCAGGGUAGUUCUACAAAUAUCUUGGUCUCGUUCCAUUUUAAAAACGGUUGUUAAAACAGUUGGUUGAGUGCAGAGGCACACACCUCCUGGGGAGGCUGAGGCAGGAAGAUCCCAAGUCUGAGCCGGCCUGGGCAACAUAGCCAGACUUUGUCUGAAAAUAAACAGUUUUAAAAAGCACAGGAGAUGCAGCUCAGAUUAGAACACUUUUCUAAUGUGUAGAAGGCCUGGGUUCAAUCUCAGCCCUGACUGAAAACGAAAUUAAGUUGUCCUUUCAAAAUGAUGUCCAGGGGCAUUGGGCAAGAGCUUUUUUAGGUUUUUAAAUUAUAUUUUAUAUUUAUUAACGUGUAUUAAUUGUACUUACUAAUGGGCUUUGGCAUGAUAAGCAUAAAGUAUGCACUAAUGUGUGAGAAGACCUGUAAUUGGCUGCCACCUUAUAUCUGCAGGCCGCACCACCUUAACUCCUUCUAGGAGUUAAGUUUGGUAGUUAAGCAGCACCUUGCCUACCUAGCUUGUUUGGCCUGGCCUAUUCAGGAAUUAUGAUAAUCAGCCCGCCUUAUGAGCGAGUGCGGGAAAUUUGAAAAUUUGAAAAUCUAGAUUAACCUAUAACCCUCAGUCUUGCCACUGUUGCUAAGUUACCUGCUGAUGUCUCAGAACCCAACUCUCUCCUCCCCAGUACCCUAAUAUUUGAUACUCAUUCCUUGAAUAAACAAGACUUGAUCGGA